AUGAAAAGUCAUCAAUCAUUAAAUAAAAGCUUUAGAAAAACACCUUCAACAUUUGAAUAACUAAUGCGAUAAUAUCAUUCUUUUGGUUUUAAAAAUUAGUAGAUAUUAUAAGCAUGGCAAUAAUGUGGAUUUAAUACUUUAACAUUUCAUGAAGAAUUAAUUAGAAUAAGGUAAAAAUGAAAAUUGAUUAAUUAGUUAAGAAGAGAACCAAAAUCUAAGUGAAGAAGAUCUAAUGAAUUCCUAGAUGCAUCUAAAGAAAUAAUUGAAAGAAUUAGAAGAAAAAGAUUUAAAACAUGCUAUCCAACUUUCAAUAGAUGAACAAAAUUAGUACCAUUUAUAAACAGUUUUAGAUAACCUCAAAUUGAAUAAUAGGAUAGAUCAAGUAAGAGUAUUCCAGUUGGAUUGAAGAAUCUUGGAAAUAGUAAUCAAAAUCAAUAUUAUAUUUAUAGCUUGUUAUAUGAAUGCAAUGUUACAAAGUCUUUUCAAUUCACUUCCAUUUAGAUAAUUAAUAUUUUCAAUUGAUUUAAAAUAAAACUCAACUCUUGAAGGUGUUUUUCUAUCACAAUUAUAAUAAUUAUUUGUUCAAUUAUAAGAAACCAAUAAUUCAUAUAUUAAUCCCCUAUAAUUAUUUGAAGCUUUUUAAAAAUAUAAACCUGGUGCUUUGUUAAUAAAAGGUGUAUAGAAUGAUUUUAAUGAAUUAUAAAAUGCUUUUUUAGAAGGUAUUGAAUAAGCUCUUAAAUAAAUUGGAGAAGAGGAAUUAAAGAAAUAAUUUUGUUAAAUGUUUUAUGGAGAAUCUAAAGAGAUUCUUACAUACAAAGAAAAAGAAUAAGAAAUUAUAAAAUUUACAAUUACUAAUUUUGGAUCAAUUAGUAUAGAUGCUUAAGAUAAAAAUUUAGAGAAAGGAUUUCUUAAUACAAGAAUAUUAAUCAUAGAUGAAUAUGAAACUAAUUCUAAAGAUAAAGUUAAAGCUAAAAUUGAUUAAAUUAUUCUUUAACCUCCAAAAAUAUUAUAAUUCUAUAUCAAUAGAGUUUAUUAUGAUUCUAAAUAGAAAUUACCAUGUAAAAAUAAUGCAUAAUUUGAAUUUCCAUAAUAAUUAAAUAUCAAUUAAUUUAAAGCUAGAGAUAUUAAAUAAAUGAAUUAAGAAUUAUAAAGACUAGAUAUAGAAGAAUAAAAAAUAUUAGAUGAAUUAACAAGAUAUGGUGAUUCAAAAGAUGAUAUUGAUGAAAAUUUUAGUAAAAUAAUUAAAUUAUUCAAAAGAGGAGAAGGUUAAUUUGAUUAACCAUUAAUUAUUGAUGAUUUCUAAAUAUGUGAUGAAAAUACUUCUAAUUAAUAAUUAAUUACUAGUCAAUAAAUGUUAUUUUAAUUAGAAAAUUAUAAAAAAAAAUUUGUUAAAUCUAUUUAACUACUUACUGAUCGAUUAGAAUAAAUACAAUUAGAAAAGAAAUUAUUAUUAAAAUCAGAUUAAAAUAUGUAUAAUUUAACAGCAGUACUUAUGCAUGAUGGUGGUGCAACAUCUGGACAUUAUUAUUGUUAUAUAUUAGAUAAAAAUGAUUAUAAAACUUGGUAUAAGUGUAAUGAUUCAUUAAUUACAAAAGUUGAUUAUGCUUAAGUAAUUAAAGAUGCUACAGGAUAAAGUAGAUUAUAAUCAAAUGUAUCUGGACUUAUUUAUGAAUAAGAAUCUUGGAUGAAAAUAUAAAAGAUUUAAAUCACUCCAAAACUUUUAGAAUAUUUAGAUUAAGAAAGAAUUAAAUCUCAAAAAUCUUCUGAUCUCUAAAAAAUUAUGAAUAGAAAAUCCAACAUUAUUCAAUAAAUUUAAAAUUGUCCUUUAAAAUUUUGUAAAUCUAAAGAUCCCUUAAGUAAAGAACUUGAAAAAUUUAGUAAUUUAGAUCUAUUUUUAUCUGUAAAUCAUCCAAAUUUAUAUAAAUACACAUAAACUUUGACAUUUAUUUAAUAAGAUUUAAAUUAAAUUAAAGAUUAACUAUUGUUACCAUAAAAUAUAGAUGAAUAUAUUCAAUACUUUAUAACAUAAUCAAAAUUGAUUAAUACAAAUAUUGAUAAGGAAUUGGCUAUUUUAUAAGAUGAAUUUCAAAAGAUUAAUUCAUUAUUAUAAUAAUUACCAUUAAAAGAUCUAACAUAAGCUAAUUUUCAAGAUAAUACCUAAUUAUUCUUCUUGAUUAUACAAUAAAUACCAUAAAAAGAUUAUUGUAUCUAAUUAUCUAAAAGUCUAAAAGAUAUUUUUCAAGUAAUGUUAUUAAAAGGUUGCUUUUUAAUUGAUUUAUCUAUUCAAAGAAAAGAUAUAAACUAAGGAAUUUUAAUUGCAUAAUAAAUUCUCAAUUUCAUUACAGAUAACAAAAUUAUUGAUGAUAUUAUUAUUAAAUAAAUACAAGAAAAUUUAAAAAGCUCUGGUGAUUAAGCAAAAUUAUUAUCAAAUAGAUAAGAUAUUAUUGAAUAAUUUACUAAAUUGAAAAACAAGAGUAAAAUUUAGAUUAUUUUAAAAUUAAUGAAUUUCAAAUCUUUAGAAUAAAAUAUUUCAUAAUUGUAAAAUUUUUAAAAUAAUGGACUUCAAGUAUAAAAAUAUUUAUAAUUAUAUAGUUAUGGAUUGAAUAAGCCUAAACAAUAAUUUCUAAACAAAAAUUACUCAUUUAAUAAGAUAGAUUAAAUGCCGAGGCAAUUUUUUAUUUUUAAGGCUGA